AUGUUUAUGAAUAUAAAGUCUAAUCCUGUGAGCAAUAAAGCUGUAUUUGGUAUAUUAGGAGCAUCAAAAGUACUGCGAACAAAUCAUGUCUUCCAAAACCCACUGAUAUUCCAAGAAUCAUUACCUAAAAUACGUUUUUACUCAACUUCAACAUCAGACCCUAAUAAAAGUACCGAAAGCAAUAAUUUGAAGGCAGAUUUAGAUGAGAAAUUUGUGGAGCCUUCGAACGUCAUCAAUAAAGAUUCGACCUUAUAUUUCAAUGUAACAGAGAGAGCUGUAAAAAGAUUAGCCGACAUUUUCAAAGAAUCUAAACAAUCGUUGAAAAUAUCUGUUGAAAGUGGUGGUUGUCAUGGCUUUCAAUACAAUCUAAAAUUAAUUCCCUUCGAAGAACUCACUCUAAUUAAGAAAGACUUUGGUGAUAAUCUUAUAAAAUCAAGUAAAAAUGACCCCUUAGUUACUAAGAAUUCUGAUAGUAAUGCUGAUGAGCUUGAUGAUGAGCUUGAUGAUGAAAUGUUCGAUGAUUUUGACAUGGAUGAGGUCCCAGAGUCAUCAUUGAAUGAUAAAAAAGUAAUCUAUGAAUUUCCUAAUUCUGCCGCCAUAGUAACAGAUAAAAGUUCAUUGAAAAUAUUAAACAAAACCUACUUAACCUACACAACGGAACUUAUAGGUUCAACUUUUAAGAUCAAAGGUGGCAACAUGAAAAGCUCCUGUGGUUGUGGAAGUAGUUUUGAUGUUGAUAUCUAA